AUGAAGCCCUUUGCUUUCUCUCUGUGUUUCCUCUUUGUGGGUCUGGUCGCUGCUUGGUCUAAAGAAGACUACGAGAUCUUUCGUCUGCGAGAUGAACUGGCCAUAAGUGAAGGUCCUGAUGUGACUUUCUACGACUUUCUCGAGAUCCGCCCGAAUGCCAACCUGGAGCAGAUUACCAAGGCCUACCGCAAGAAGUCCCGCGUUUUGCACCCGGAUAAGGCCAAGCGGGCUUUCAUUGCCAACCACUCCAAGGACAAGAGCAAGAGCAAGGCUACGAAGUCCGGGGUCCAUGUUUCCUCCGGCCCAUCCAAGCGGGAAAUCGACGCGGCAGUGAAAACAGCCCACGCCCGCUCUGCGCGGUUGAACCUUGUUGCCAAUAUUCUGCGUGGUCCCAAUCGUGAGCGUUACGACCACUUUCUGAAGCAUGGAUUCCCUCGCUGGAAGGGCACGGGAUACUAUUACUCGCGGUUUCGCCCCGGCCUGGGCUCUGUUCUGGCCGGGCUGUUUCUAGUUUUCGGUGGUGGUGCACACUAUGCCGCCCUGAUUCUGGGAUGGAAACGCCAGCGCGAGUUCGUCGACCGGUACAUUCGCCAGGCUCGCCGUGCGGCAUGGGGUGAUGAAUUGGGUGUGCGAGGUAUCCCGGGGGUUGACUCGCUGGGUGCAACCGCUCCUGCUUCGGCCCCCGAUGGUGAGGCCGGAGCGGUGGCGAUGACUCGUCGUCAGAAGCGCAUGAUGGAUCGGGAAAACCGCAAGGAAAGCCGCAAGGCACCGCGGGCGACCGCACGCAGCUCCGGCACGUCCACACCCACGGAAGGCGGUGCCCCCACCGGCGAACGGAAGCGGGUUGUCGCAGAGAAUGGCAAGGUGCUGAUUGUCGAUUCUGUCGGCAACGUGUUUCUGGAGGAGGACACUGAGGACGACGGUCGUCAGGAGUUCCUGUUGGACGUCGACGAGAUUCAGCGCCCUACUCUUCGGGACACGGUCCUGUGCAAGCUCCCGGUUUGGUGCUUCCACAGGACUGUCGGUCGAGUGCUGGGAACUUCGGUCGUGGACGAAGAGGUGGACUCUCCGGAGCCCGUGGUGCCGUUGGUCGAUGAGCCCGUUGAGGCUUCCUUGAACGGUGGAUCCUCGAGGAGACGCAACAAACGUUCUCAACGAUCGUAA